AUGGCUGUCGCAUUCAAGGAACCCCCCUCCUCCCAGGUCGACUGCCUAUACAAGGCCGGCUUGGCAUCCCAAGUCCUUCUACCGUCGGACCCUGACUACGCCGGUCGCGAGGAUUCAUACUGGUGCAAUGAUGCCAAGCUUGGACCGGCCUGUAUAGUCAGACCACACUCAGCAGAAGAUGUCUCGACAGCUUUGAGGGCCUUAAUCGAUCUGGGGAUGAUAAAUCACGUAAAUGUUGAUACUGCCUCUGAGACGGUGGAUCUCGGCCCCGGUGGUCGAUGGCGAGAUGCUUACUACGAGCUGCACAAACAUAAUUACACGGUUGCAGGGGGUCGGGAAGCGAAUGUCGGUGUUGCUGGCUUCCUUCUCGGAGGUGGCAUGGCAUUUUUGAACUCGCGAAGAGGUUUUGCAUGCGACGAUGUUGUCUCGUACGAGAUAGUGCUAGCGGACGGAAGCAUUGUCACGGCCGACAAAACCCAUCAUCCUGACCUCUUCCGGGCCCUCAAAGGCGGCUCCAACAACUUUGGCAUUGUCACCAACUUCAAGAUGAAAAUGCUGAGUAACAAUAAGAUUUGGGGCGGGUUGACGAUCUCCUCUAAGGAAUUCAUACCCACUUCCAUUGACGCCAUGCACAAUUUCACGACCAACAUCAAAGACAAACCUGAUGAGACUGUGUGGACUCUGUACAUGCACUCACCUGAGCUGAAGGAUACUGUCAUUGCGACCGCCUAUGCGAGCAUGGUUGGAACGGAAAAGGCGCCGGCCUUUGAGGAUUUCUUAGCCAUUCCAACGAUCAGUAACCAACUGGGCAUUAAGACAGUCAGUGAGUUUACGGUGGAAUAUACCCAGUCAAGUCAUCACCAUGUCAUCUGGCUUACCUCGGCUUUCAAAAAUGACAAGCGCAUCAUGGCGAAAGCCUCGGAGCUACAUGACAAGUUGGUCGAGGACCUCAAGGUCGUGGUGCCCGAUGGAAACUUCAUUACACAGUGCACCUUUCAGCCACUGCCAACACUGUUUGCCGAAAAGUCCAAGGAAGCUGGUGGCAAUGUUAUCGGUCUCGAGCGCUACAAACACGAUGGUAUACUCUUUUUGGGAACGGCUUUACUCCCCACAAGGGAAUUGCGAGAUUUCGCAUAUCCCAAAGUUCAGGCUUGGAAUCAGGGAAUAGAAGACUUUGCGCGAACUAUCGAUGACGGGCUCAUUGAUUUUGUAUACCUCAAUUAUGCUGACCCAAGCCAAGCACCAUUGGCCAGUUAUGGUAAGGAUAACAUCAAGUUCAUGAAGAAGGUGGCGGCUGAGUACGACCCUCAAGAGGUCUUCCAGAAGCUAUGCCCUGGAGGAUACAAAUUAUCAGAUGUUCAGCUUAUCUGGGCAGGAGAAGUCAUGGGUGACCUUUUUGGCGUUCCUGUUUCCGCCGUCAGCUUUGCCAAUCCUGUUCCUUCAUUUGCUUGUUCAGAGAUCCGGCUCCGUCACGUAGUUAUGCGACUUAUCAAUGCCACUAGUCUGAAGAUUGAGGAGUUUGGGCCUCGAAACCUUCCGAAAUAUGCCAUCCUAUCUCACACAUGGGGCGAUUGCGAGCCAACAUUCGCUGAGUGGUGCUCAGUGGUGACUCGGCGGUGGAAGUCCAGCAAGCCAGGAUUCGCCAAAGUCUUCGCCACUUGCAAACAGGCCCGCCGCGAUGGCCUGUCGCAUAUCUGGGUAGAUACCAAGGAAAAAGCUUUGAGAGAGUACAGCAUAGCCCAGAGGAUGUCGUGGGCUGCCGAUCGAGUUACCACAAGGCCUGAAGAUAUCGCGUACUGCCUUCUAGGCGUUUUUGGCAUCAAUAUGCCACUCCUAUACGGAGAAGGCAAUAGGGCGUUCAUUCGUCUUCAGGAGGAGAUCAUCCGACAGUCCGACGACCACAGCAUCCUGGCAUUCAAUACUCCAUUGUCUACGAACUCCCUUUUCGCAGAUCAUCCCAAUCUUUUCCGCGGCAUGAAAAAUUUACAACCAAAACUGCUCUCCAGAAUUACUCCGCCUUUUGCACUGACGAAUGCUGGUCUUUCGUUACGAACACCGCUGAUCCAGACUCUCUCUCCACAUUGGGUUCUUGCCGUUCUCAACUGCGUCGAAGUCGAGACAAAGAAGGGAAUGCGAAAAAGCCAGCUCUGCCUCCCACUUCUUGGAAAGAACGGUGUAUAUAUGCGCGCACGUGCUCCUUUCAGUCUUAUCAAGAAGAGUCUCUCAGAAAUGUACAUUCCUGGAAUCCGUGCCGAGAUUGAGGACCUCACGACACCUGUGGAAACGAAAUAUCUUGUCUCGCACUUCACUAAGGUGUAUCCAGCCUUUGGAUAUGAACUCGAUCUUGCUCUCAAUGGCUUCGACGAGGACAUUAUGCAAAAUCCAGGCUUCAUGCUGACCUUUCCGCGUGGAAUGGGACGAUUCCAGUUGGUCGGCGCAUACCCCGCUGACUCACUUCAGAUGAGCACAAGCUUCUUCAACCCCCCUGUUGCAGACUCAGGACAACCCUUUGCUCACGGUCUGCUCGUAUUUCAGGACGUGUCUAAAUGUCCUGAUGAGGAAUAUCCGUCGAAGAUUGGCAUCUAUCUAGCCCAAGUGAUAGAUGAAGUGGGCGGGGACUUAGGAGGCCAGUGGAUGUGUGUGCUCACGCGCGUGUCGGAUGGUUUCGACUUGUACGAGAGAUGCAAACAAUCGUGGAAGUUUGAAAGUCCAGAAGAUUGGAGCCACUAUGACCACAUGGGAAACUUUCUUGUUGCAGCACGAACUAGAUUCGCGCUGCAAAAGCCUACGCGCGAGGUUGUGAUGGUUGAGAUAGUAUUUGACGCUGAUGUUCUGACCCAGGAGCAGGGCCUCGAUACCGAGUUUAGCGACUGGGUCAGUCUCCAAGGGGGGAUGAAUGGGAAAUCUCACAUCGGACUCGGUAGUCAAGUUGUCUUGGGAAAUUGGUAG